GAGAGAAAAAAAUAUCAGCCACAAAUAACUACACAGACAUUGGAGGAAGAAACAGUGGAAAUGGCGGAUUGAUUUGAGCCACUGAAAAUUUUCAAAUUCGUAAAUUCGUAACGAUGGAAAUGGUAAUGGUGGCCUCCGUCGCCUCCUCCUCCGCCUCCUCCUACUGCUGCUGCUGUAAUUCUCUUCCAUCUCCGUCUUCUUCAUCCCAAUCAAAGUUACCAUCAUGGUUUUCCACCAGAGCAAUCAAUAAUCCUAGCUUAGUUCAUGUUAGUAUCAAUAAUCUUACUGUUAAUAGCAGAGGAGGAAGAAGAAGAGAAAAGGGUUUCAGCUACUGUUCAUCUUCAUCCUCAGCUUCAGCCUAUUCAGGUGAGGAAGAUGAAGAAGGAGAAGAAGAAGAAAUGGAGGAGAAGAGUGAAGAAUUGAUGAUGAGAACUUUGUUGGAAGAGAGAGGUGGGAAAAUGGUGGCACAAUUGGUUGGGGCAUUUAAUCAACUGAUUGCUCACAGAAACAAGAACAAUGGCGGCGCCAUCAAACUCACUUCUUCUUCUCUUUCCCAACUCUUCAACACUCUCAAGCUUGCCAUUCCUAUCCUACAUUCCUUGCCAGUACCAACUGUUUCUUCCCUUCAUCAACAGCGCUCCCCACUCUCCAAAGCCCUCUCUGUUGCCAUCAUUUUAGCUGAUCUUCAGGUGUUUUUUUUUUUCUCCACCUUAUUCUCAAAUCAUUGUUGAAUUAACUCUUUUGUUAUACAGUUUUAUGCUGUUUGUAUUCUUUUAACUAUCAGUACUGCUGUUAAGUUGUCUAGAAAUUCUGGAUCAGGAUUCAGGGCUCGUAUUAAUGAUCAUCUAUCAUUCGUAAAGAUCGAAGUUUUUUCCACAGCUAAUUGACUGCAGUAUUAUGAACUAUACUUAAUCAAAGAAUCAGCAGCCCAAUUUGUUAUGUACCGUUACAUAUGCUAUUUGUAUCAAAGAUACGGCAUUUUUGUGGGGUGUGGCAGUAGCAACUCGGUUAGUAUUAGUAUCUGCCGCCCCUGUGAAUAUCAUUUCUAGGGAAAUCCUGUCAUGUUAUAUUUGAUAUCCUCUUCUAAAUUCCUUAAACUAAGACAAAAACCUGGAGGAUAGAGAAAAAUGCCUUCUCUUUUAGUGAUUCAACUGCUUACGGAGUCUUCAUUUUUUCAUUUGAAGAUGGAUGCGGAAGUUAUCUCUGCUGGUAUACUUGGGCAAGUUCUGGAAGCCGGUGCCAUGUCUUUGGUUCAAGUCAGGGAUCGGAUUGGUAUCAGUACCGCACAUUUACUUCAUGAGAGCUUACGCCUUGAAAGCAAUAUUUCUUCCAAGCUCCAUUUGCUAGAUGAUGAUGAUUCCGCUGCUACUUUGAGGAAGUUUUGCCUCACCUACUAUGAUUUUAGGGCCUUGAUUCUCCACCUGGCUCUCAAGCUUGAUACGAUGAGGCAUCUCCAUUAUCUUCCUCGGUACAAGCAGCAGUUAGUAUCUCUUGAGGUCAUCAAACUACAUGCUCCUUUAGCACAUGCCUUGGAUACCUACUCUGCCAGUCGCUUCUUAUCACUCGAGCUCGAGGAUCUCUCCUUCAGAUGCUUGUUUCCUCAUUCCUACCUCUAUCUUGAUACAUGGUUGAGGAGACACAAAACUGGAAUUGCAACUGAAACCAAACCUCUGAUAGAGAGCUUCAGUGACCAACUGCAUCAAUUCCUCAGUUCAGAUUCACUCUUAAUGGAAAUGGUAGGUGAUAUUUCUGUAAAAGGGCGAUACAAGAGUCGUUAUAGCACCAUGAAGAAGCUUUUGAGAGAUGGGCGCAAGCCUGAAGAGGUGAACGACAUCUUUGGUCUGAGAGUCAUCUUAAGUCCAUCCCAAAUUAACCCUUCACAUGACGAGGGAGAAAUGGCGUGCUACAGGGCCCGUGAAAUCAUAAGGUCUUUGUGGAAAGAGAUCCCUAGCCGAUCCAAAGACUAUAUCAUGAGACCAAAGGCAAAUGGAUACAAGAGCUUGCACAUGGCUGUUGAAAUUGGAGAUGCUGGUGGCAUGAGUAGACCACCUAUGGAAAUACAAAUAAGGACUGACGAGAUGGACAGGUUGGCUGCUGAUGGAACAGCAUCCCAUGCAUUAUAUAAAAGUGGCCUUACUGAUCCAGAGGAGGCAAAGCGUCUCAAGGCGAUUAUGAUAGCUGCCGCUGAACUUGCAGCAGUGCGCUUGGAAGAUCUUCCUUCGACCAAUAGAGAUUUUGAGAUUGAGCGCCAAGAUCAAGUCUUUUCUCUUCUUGACAAGAACAAUGAUGGUAAAAUAAGUAUCGAAGAACUUACAGAAGUAAUGGAGGAAUUGGGUGCCCAAGGAGAAGAUGCCCGGAAGAUGAUGCUGCUUCUUGAUUCAAAUAGCGAUGGUUCUUUGAGCUCUGAUGAGUUUGAUAAAUUUCAGAAACAGGUCGAAUUGAUGCAUGAAUUGAAUGAUAAAGAUGAUCAAUUCAAGACUCUAUUGGAUGAGAAGCUCCAAAUAUCCGAUAGAAGUGAUUUUGCAGAGGCUUUCACCUAGUAACCGGUAGACAAUUAGCUAUCAGCAGUUACGCUUGUUUAUACAGCUCCUGGUAAAUCUCAGAAAAACACUGCGCACAUUUUCUUCAUUGAUUCUCUAGAAACAGACAUUUAAAGCUUAGCAUAUAUUCAGGUUCCUACACAGUGCAAUCCUCAUCGUGAAUUACACUUGUACUCCCAUUGUCUUAAGAUGAUUUUUUGUUUUUUGGGGGGCUCUGGAUAGAGGUCAAAUGUACCCUCAGGUAUCCCUUGUAGGAAAAAUCAAAUGUUGCAGAUGUAUAUAUAUGAAGUAUAUCCUCGUUUGUGAUGAUAAAUAUGUUUCUUGUCUAUUUCUUUUCUACCAACUGGAUGAUGAUGCUCAUUUGUCUUGGACCCUUCUGUAUAUGGAUUUUUUCUUAAGGCUUUGUUUGUUUACCAUGCAUUAUGGAAAUACCAUUGCAGUGAGGUUGCAUCCUGGUUUCCAUUAAGCUGAUCAUUUAUUAUUUGCGGACACCUCAAUCUGGUACAUUGUUAAACCAGCUAGGAUUAUUCGUCUAAACUAUAAAGUUUGAUGAAAAUAGGAUAGUAAUCAAACUUGGUAUGCAAUAACUCUUUUCUUGUUCAGAUUAUUCAUAUGAAUGGUCUAGUGUGCCUUUCAUGGAUUGUUGAAGUAAGAAAUGCAGAAAUGUGGUCCAAAUACAUUAUGUAUUAGUAUGUCAAGUAGAUGAGUCGAUAUGGAAGCAACAGUUUCUGUGGCAUCAUCUUCGUCAUCUUUUGGACGAAAGAGAGGCAGAUGGAGUUACUGGAGGAGCAACACCGACAAGAUACCAUCUCAAUCAUCAAAAAUUCAGAAUGACAGGCAUUUUAAUUGAUUGUUUAGCUUAGUUGAAAUAUUGGCAAAGAACAAGGUGGCAAUGUUGGAGGGUUACUAGCAGAGGAUUACCUCUCUCAACAUGGGCUAUAUAUGCUGUUCAAGAAACACAGAAUGUACACAAUGGAUAUGAGCUUCAAGCGUCUACAGAUAAGAUGAGAUAUUUGCUUACAUGAUGUACGCAAUUGAGAUGAGCUCAUGAAUAUUUAGAUCAACCGAACUCAUAUAAACGCACUAGCCCCAUCAUUGUGGAGCACUUUUUCAAGAUGAAUAUGUAUGUUUUGUUCCACAAAUUGUUUUUGGUUAUGAAUUGCUGAAGAAAAUUAGUACAUUAAGCAGACUUAUGUUAUCAUAAAUUAAUGACUCUGUUUAGAUAGCAACUGAUUGUAUAGAAUCUUGUGAGACCUUGAGGUUCUCAAAUUAACUCUCCGUCCCUAAAUAAAGGUUUCGAGAUCCCAUACUUCUAUUUUAGGGACGGAAGGAGUGUAAUUGAGAGUCCUAUAAGUGAUUGGGGAGCACCGUUUCAUGUACUGUGUUCGUGAAACAAUAACCAAAUAAUGUGUUUGAAGCG